CGAUUUUGCCCCUGCUCUUGUAUUCAAGCUUUGCGAGCAGCUAGUAUAAAACAAGAAGCGACAUAGGGGUUUUAGCACUAUUUCUUGCCUGGUUUUCCCAAACCCAUUAGAGGUUUUGUAUGCUCUAAUACCAUUUCUAUCUACCUUUUCUUUUCCCCCAUUUUUUAUUUCUUCUUUUAUGUGUGAUUUAUUCGCGUCACGUAAAUUCGAAAUUCUCGUUGCGUAGAGUACUGUAUAUAAAAAAAAGGCAAAAGGAGAAGCAGACGUCCAGAGUUUAUCUUCUUUUGGUCAAAUUAUUCAUCAGGUUAAAGGUGAUUUGGCAACAUCAUAUUUCUUAAACUGGAGAUCUCGUAGUGGCAUGCUUCCUAGAAUAUGGUGCCGAAAAAGAGGCUGGAUUAUCGGUUCAAUGGUCGUCGAUCCCCAAUUAUUCCCAAAGCUCCCAGAUCAAUCAGGAGGAGAUGCUCACGCAAGAAUUCAGUCGAGGACAACAAACUUUGUGCCUUUGAAUUACUUGCAGCUGUAGCUGGUAAGCUGUUACAGGAGAGGGAAAGUUCUGUUUCAAGUAAUGUAGAAGCUCAUGUGGAUAUUUUCAAAAAUGAGAUUGUGAAGGGGCAGCCUAUAGAUGAGCAAACUCCGGAAUCAGAGAGCAUUGACCAUGGAAGUUGUGCUGAGAGUUCUUUUAUGCCUGAAGCAUCUGUUCUGGAGCCCGAUCUCUCAUCCAAAUUCAAGGGACUACCACAAACAGAUAAUGAUUCUGUCUUGGAACACACUUCUGUGCUUGCAAUUCCUGAUGUGAAGAAACUUGAUUGUGAUUCGAUACAGGGAACCUGUCAAGUUAAUAAUGCAGAUGGAAAUACCAACUGUGAAGUUGGGGACUCCAUCUUUGUUGGUAAUAAUAUCAAUCUUAGAGUAGACGGUCAGCAAGGUAUGCAUUUGGGGGAUGACGCUAACCCUUCGAAUGUAAAGGAUCCUAUUGGAGAAUGUGUGAAUAGUAAUAUGCUAAUUAAGUCAGAUAAUAGUGUACAGUUGCCCUUGUACAGGGACCCCGUUCUUCAUACUCCACUGCAAAAGCAGUGGAAUACUGUAAAAUUAGGAAUUAGAGAUGAUGACGAUAAUUCGUUUGGGUGCACUAAACUGAGCACCAAGUUUAGGCCCUUUAGGCCACAGCCGCGAACUGGUCACCGAAGAAUAAGGAAGAUGCUGUCAUCCAAAUACAGGAAGAUGGCUCCAAAGCUAAGGAGUUGUGAACUUUAUAACUCUAGGGAUGGAGUGAAGUCAUUUUACCAAUAUAGGAAGAGAAUUUAUACUGAAGAGAGAUGUCUACAAGCACCCAUCAAGAAAAGGAAACUGUUUGAUCACAGGAGUACAGUUGCACAUGAUCAGGAUGCCAGUAGUAAUAGCAUCUCCAAUUCACGAGAGAAGGGGGUGUGCAUGGAUAAGAGUAACUCAGUGAGUGGUGCAUCAACUACUGUGAAAGGUCAUAAAAAAGGCAAGGAUCCUCAUGUGAAAUUCAGCAUCAAGUCCUUCAAGGUUCCGGAACUUUACAUUGAGGUCCCUGAAACUACAAGUGUUGGUUCUCUGAAGAGAACUGUGAUGGAGGCACUUACUGCACUUCUUGGAAGUGGAGUACGAGUUGGGGUAGUUCUUCAAGGGAAGAAAGUUCGAGAUGACAACAGAACUUUACAGCAGGCUGGUAUUUCUCAGAACAGUAAUCUUGACACUCUGGGUUUUACAUUGGAGCCGAGUUUUACAAAUAUUUGCUCUUCGAUGAGUCCCAAAAAACUUAGCCCAGUACUGCCAUGUGACGCAGAUCAGGAGUUACUGAGGUCUCCCGCCACUCCAAUGGUUGAUUCAGGGAUUUCAAAUACCUCAGUAGACCCCCCUUAUACAAGUAAAGUUGACGAAGAUGUGGUUACCAGUGAUUUUAUGUCCACCCCACAGACUCCUACAAAUGAGACAGUGAAUGGAACACUUCCUGAUUCCAAGGCAUUAGUUCCAGUUUCUCCAACGAACUCGGAGUCACUUGCAGUAGUUCCAGCGAACCCCAAACCCAAAAGGAGCGAACUGUCGCAGCGCAGAACUAGGAGGCCAUUCUCCGUAGGUGAAGUUGAGGCGCUCGUUGAAGCUGUUGAAAGACUCGGGACCGGAAGGUGGCGUGAUGUCAAAAUGGGUGCUUUCGAGCAUGCAGAUCACCGGACAUAUGUCGACUUAAAGGAUAAAUGGAAGACUUUAGUUCACACAGCUGGCAUAUCUCCUCAUCAAAGAAGGGGAGAGCCGGUGCCACAGGAUCUGUUGGAUCGCGUCUUAGCCGCGCACUCCUAUUGGUCGCUGCAUCAGUCGAAACAACACGGGAAACAAUCGCCCGAACCCCUCAAGACUGUGGAUCCUAACAAGGAGACAGUAGGAGGAGCUUGAAUGAUCACAACUCCUAGUUUAGGGAGGUGUAAAAAGGUGUAAAGAACGCGUCGCGUUUUAAGUUUUUUUCUUUAUUUUUAGCAAUCUCACUCACUGAUUUGUUGUUUUUAAGAUUACUUUGGAUAGACUGAUGUUUAUCUUUUGUACAUGAUUUGUGGAAUAAAGGGGUUUCUUUUUCCUUUUUCUUU